AUGUCCAUGGUUCAGCUGCAGGAGACGCGAAUUGGUCAACUUUUGCAGGCUAUUCGUCAUAAAGUGGAGCUCACUCUCCAAAAGCGCAUUCGUGCCAUCAUCAAGGCCUGGCAAAAACUGCUCUUACCAGGACAAGCCCACACUACUAUCAUUCCCCGGCUGGUCGAAAAUCGUCCGCUUAGCUCUGUGAACCUCACAGAACAUCUGAUUUGCUCAACUUCAUCCCCUUCAAGUAUAAACAACAGUGUCAGCAGCAGUGUAAACAACCUUGACCGUAUCCCUGCUGACCGUGUCACAUCAACCACCCCCAGAUCCUCCUCCGUACCCCAGACGGCAGACGAGCGUGCUGGCGGCACACCCGAUUUAAGCCACACCAGGCCCUCUUAUCCCUCAGAUCGGGCACCCCUCACGCUUUCUAAACACGCUGACCCUGACGUGGUCAACCGUGUGUUGCGGGAGCCUAUUCCAACCCCGAAGACAGCUACUACCCCUUCAGGUGCAAACAAGCAUGUCCUGUCAAAGGCCAACGGCUCUUCCCACUUGGUUGCAUCACCAAAACUUAACGGCCAGACUAACAGCAGUUCGAUUUCCAGACCGCUCCACACCUCCGCUCGCCACAAUGCCGGUCCUCCGCCGGAUCUAUCGGAGACGACGUCACAUGACCGGCGUGCUCCCACAACGGCGACAACUCAUCACAGGCUGGCCAAGGUUAAGUCGACAGCAGAGCUCAUCCGAGCUGCUGAGGGCUGUCUGGAUUCAGUCACCGUGGACCGCAUCCUCAGCAACCGCAUAGCCAAGGAGAGCGAUGAACCUCCACGUGUAGUCCCACCAACGGCUGUGCGCUCUGCCCGCCAUCCGAAAAAUGUCCCGCACUCUGCAUCAGUGUCGCAAAUAAACAAGUCGACGACAGCGACUGCGGUUGGUCGAUCGUCAGGUGACGUGCCCACAGCUAAGUCAGAAAUGAUGGCCAAAUUCCUCGAGAGCACAGUCAUGCAUCAUCAGCAGACAGAAAUAAAAACCCGAAUCCCCGAGUUGCCGGCUUCUGUCGGCGCCGGGGGCAGUCGAAUUGCCUCUUCUGCUCCAAGGUCACCGUCUGCUCACGAAUCCGACAAACUCGUGUCCACUCCACAGCAUGUUGACUCAGCCUAUUCUGGCGAUGAUUUGGAUGCAAUGAAGAGGCAACACAAGGACAGAAAACGACACAAACACCGAGGAAGGCACCAUGAUGACGCAGGCGGCAGUGACCAUGUCUCUAGACACCAUCGGAAGCGGACUACUACCACCGCGCCCCCCAUUUCCAAUCGCAUGAAUGAGUGGCCAGAGCUGCCUCCCCUGCCGAGCGAUGUCGAAAUGUCGACUGCUGCUGCGGACGAUGACAUGAAUGCACCUACUAGUCCAGAAUUGCGAGAUAUAAGUAACGUUGAUCGCCUCAUGUCGGGGUCUUGGCUCGGUGUGAAUUCCGUCCUAGACGGCGAACAAAAUCCCCAGCCAAUGACAGCACUCUACUCGGUCGGCCUGGAUGAAGAUAACUUGGUGCACGUUCUGCCCUGGGUCAAUUUAUACGACUACCAGCAGACCUUUUUCCCGUCCGACUCCAAUGAGCUUGAGCGCCUUUCUAAGCUACCUGAUCCCUGGUAG